AUGACGUCAAACCAGAAAAAGCCUUCACCUCUUUUUGAGAGUCUUAAAGGAAAAUGUUACAGAUGUGGUUAUCAAAACCAUAGGGCCAAUAACUGUGAGUUUGCUUCAAAGAUAUGUAAUAAAUGCAAGAAACAGGGACACUUAGCCAGAGUAUGUUUAGGAUCUACAAGAACAAAAAUUCACCAAGCCGAAGAAGAAGACUGUCAAGAUGAACAACACGAGAUUUUCAAAAUAGAUAGAAGAAAUGGAGAUAAAAUUAUGCUUGACUUAUCAGUUGAAGGUAAACCAGUUCAAAUGGAACUUGAUACCGGUUCUGCUAUAAGUACUCUGCCUUACUCUACAUUCAAGAAACUUGAAAUUAAUAGGAAAAUUUGUCAUACACAAGUGCAGCUACGAACAUACACUCGAGAAGUCUUCAAACCAAAAGGAGUUGUUUUUGUGCAUUGUACAUACAAGGAUCAGAAAUUUACAGGCAAACUUUACAUCGUGGAUGACAACCUUGACGCAAUAUUUGGUCGCGAUUGGUUGCGAGAAGUACAGUUAGACUGGGCUGAACUAAAGGCAGUACAACAAUACCCAAAAGUAGGUGGUCUUGACAAUCUUUUAGAGAAGUUCAAUGAUGUGUUUGAGCCAGGUAUCGGUAAGAUUCCAGAUCAACUUGGACACUUACAACUUGUCGAUGGGGCUCGUCCGGUAUUUAUGAAGGCUAGGCCUGUACCGUACGCAUUAAAACUGAAAGUGGAACAAGAACUUGACCGCUUAGAAGAAGCAGGAAUAAUUUCUAAAACUCAAGAAUCUGAGUGGGGAACACCAAUCGUUCCUGUAGUCAAGCCUAACGGAGAUGUGAGAAUAUGCGCGGAUUACAAAGUGACAGUAAACAAGCAGAUCCAAGAUGAACAUCACCCUAUUCCCAAAAUUGAAGACAUAUUUGUCAACAUGAAUGGUGGAAAAUUAUUUUGUACACUAGAUUUAAGAAAUGCUUACCUUCAUUUGGAAAUGGACAGUGAUAGUGCAAAUAUUCAAACCUUAAGCACGCAUAAGGGACAGUACAGGGUACAUAGAUUAAUGUUUGGUAUUAAAGUUGCUCCUGGAAUUUGGCAGAAAACAAUGGACAAGACGUUGGCAGGCAUAGAGGGGAUACAGUGCUUCUUUGACGAUAUAGUCAUUCAGGGAAAUUCAGAAGAGGAACUACUUCUGCGUUUGGAAAGUGUCUUAGGAAAACUAAGAGAAAAAGGUUUAAGACUCAAUCGUGACAAAUGCAAGUUUCUCCAGAAAAGAAUACAUUAUUUGGGCCACGUCAUUGAUGAAAAAGGUAUACAUAAAUGUAUGGACAAAGUAGCUGCCCUAACUAAGGCAAGAAAACCUGAGAAUGUAAGCGAACUCCGGACAUUUUUAGGUUUGGUAAACUAUUACAACCGAUUCAUAAAAGACCUAGCUACUCUACUGAAACCAUUACAUAAACUUUUACAGAAAGGGAACAAAUACGUUUGGAAUGAACAAUGUGAACAGAGUUUUGAACAAAUCAAGAAAGUUAUCUCCAGUGAUACUGUUCUUUGCCACUACAGUCCAGAACUACCACUAGUAUUAGCUACAGACGCAUCUCCUGUUGGGUUAGGCGCUGUUAUAUCACACCGUUUUCCUGAUGGGACCGAGAAACCAAUUGCUUUUGCCUCUCGAACGUUGACGAAGCCUGAAGAAAAAUAUAGUCAGAUAGACAAGGAAGCAACUGGCAUUAUUUGGGGCCUAAAAAAGUUCUUUACUUAUUGUUACGGUCGCAAAUUCACCCUCGUAACCGACCACAAACCACUAGUCACAAUCUUCAACCCAGAAAAAAAUCUUCCAUCCAUGUCUGCAACUCGUUUGUUCAAUUAUUCUCAUUAUUUAUCAGGCUUUGAUUACAGCAUUGAGUUCAGAAGAUCAAAUGAACAUGGAAACGCUGAUUUUCUCUCUAGAUUUCCUACUGAGACACAAAAUAGUACCUGCAUUGACCAAAUUGAUGUUUUCCUAACAAGUCAGAUCAAUCAAAUGAGUUUGGAUCAUAAGUUGGUAGCAAAAGAAACUUCCCAUGACACGGAAAUGAAUAAGAUAGUACACGCUUUACAAAAUGGCCAGUCUGUUGAAAAACUUGGAUUUCACGAUGGUGAACUGAGUCUUCAUGAAGGUUGUAUCCUCAAGGGAUGGAGGGUUAUGAUUCCGAAGUCUCUUACUAAAACUGUUUUGAAUGAAUUACACUUUGGACACAUGGGUGUAUUGAAAACGAAAGCAUUAGCCAGAAGUUUUUGUUAUUGGAAAGGACAAGACAAAGAUAUCGAGGAGAUGAUUGCAUCAUGCAGAGCGUGUAGAGAAAAACAAAAUGCACCACAAAAAGAAGUGAACCAUCCUUGGAUACCAGCUACUAGACCUUGGGAAAGGAUUCACAUUGAUUUUGCUGGCCCUACAAAUGGACUUUACUUCCUGUUAGUCAUUGACGCAUUUACCAAAUGGGUAGAAGUAUUGCCUACGAAAUGUACUACAGCUACUUGGACAGUAAAGGAGUUGCGAAAAAUGUUUUCUACUUUUGGAUUACCAGAUCUUCUUGUGUCAGACAAUGGACGACAGUUUACUUCCUUAGAGUUUACUAGCUUCCUUGAACAGUGUGGAAUUACACAUAAAACAACUGCACCAUAUCACCCUUCAUCUAAUGGGCAGGCUGAACGUUUUGUUCAAACUGUAAAGAAAUCACUUAAAUGUAUGGAAAAUGAACCUGGGACCAUCGAUGAAAAAUUACAUAGAUUUCUAAUGCAGAUCCGCCAAGCUCCUAAUUCAACGGGAACCUCUUCAUAUUUCCUCAUGUUUAAUAGAAAGAUUCGCACUUAUCUAAGUCUACUAAAGCCUCGGGGAAAACACGAACCUACCUGUCCAAAAGGUAUAAUGCGAAGAUUCAAUCCUGGGGACCGCGUACAAGUCAGAAAUUAUUCAGGAAGAGACAAGUGGGCCUUGGGAACAGUUGAAAUUAAAGAUGGUAAUCUUCAUUAUUACGUUAGAAUGGAUGAUGGUCAAACUUGGAGGCGACACGUCGACCAGAUGCUACGCACAAAACUUUAA